CAGGGCAAAGCUGGUUUAUUGUUCUGAUCAGAACUCACGGGUGGAACAAGCAGAACAUGACUCCGCUUAUUGCCUCCGCCCAACCAGAAAAUAUGUUUUUCAGUCUCUAUUCCUGUACUGUCUCUAGUGGAGACACUGGUUCUUCCCAAAACUUCCGGCCUCCGUUCUCGUGAUUCAUUCAAUGCUGGCUGCAUAGAAGGGAUGACUGCUUCGUAGUUGUGCGUAAACACUUCGAAUUCGGAUGUGAAAUGGACAGAUAUGAAUCAGAAACGGAGACCGAUGAACAAGACCAACCAUUGUUAAUCAAUCGACAAGAUGAUGAAGUUGAAAGAGCCCCUGCCUGCUGUUCGUCGAGGUAUGCUCUGUCCUUCCUCUCUUGUUAUGGUUUCUUCGUGGCCUACGCCCUCCGGGUGAACCUCAGCGUUGCCAUGGUGGACAUGCUUAAUAACACUGGCGUCAGUGGCAACACCAGCACUUCAGUGUGUCCUGCACACUUUAACCCCCCCCGGCCCAAGCACAACCACACUGCCAGUGUGUAUGACUGGGACUCUGAGACUCAGGGCUGGAUCCUAGGCUCCUUCUUCUAUGGCUAUAUCUUGACUCAGAUCCCAGGGGGCUAUCUGGCACGAAAGUAUGGGGCCAAAUGGCUGCUGGGCCUGGGAAUUCUGGGAACUGUAGUCUUCACCCUCCUCACCCCUGUGGCUGCUGACCUGGGUGCUGGGUACCUCAUCGCUGUCAGGGUGCUUGAGGGCAUCGGAGAGGGAGUGACGUUUCCCGCCAUGCACGCCAUGUGGGCCUCUUGGGCCCCGCCACUGGAGAGGAGCCGCUUGCUAACCAUCGCUUACACCGGUGCUCAGCUGGGUACCGUGGUGGCCCUUCCCCUGUCCGGUCAGAUAUGCUUCUACCUCGACUGGACCUGGGUCUUCUAUAUAUUUGGUAUUGUGGGGAUUGUGUGGUUUAUCCUGUGGGCUUUCCUUGUGAGUAACACUCCCAGCACACACCCACGGAUCUCCGAGCAGGAGAGACUCUACAUCCUUUCCACCCUGAAUAAGGAGCACUCUCCAUUGGGGAACCAUAUCCCCUGGGCAUCCAUCUUGACAUCCUUGCCCCUGUGGGCCAUAGUGGUGGCUCACUUCUCCUACAACUGGACCUUCUAUACAUUACUCACCCUGCUGCCGACGUACAUGAGUAAUGUGUUGGGCUUCAGUAUCAAAGAGAACGGAGCCCUGUCGGCGUUGCCCUACAUCGGCUGUGGACUGCUGGCUGUACUGGGAGGACAGCUGGCUGACUACCUGAGGGAGAAACGUUUCUACCGCACCGUGGUCGUCAGGAAAGUCUUCAGUCUUAUAGGUAUGAUCGGGCCGGCAGUGUUCAUCGUGGCUGUUGGGCAUACAGGAUGUAACUACAUCUUGGCUGUGGCCUUCCUCACCAUCUCUUCCUCCCUGGGGGGAAUGGUUGCCUCUGGCUUCAACAUCAACCAUCUUGACAUCGCGCCAUCUUAUGCUGGCAUUUUGUUGGGAAUCACCAACUCUUUUGCCACAAUACCUGGUAUGGUUGGACCAGUCAUAGCAAGAGCCCUGACUAAAAAUAACACUAUCGAGGAGUGGCAGUCCGUGUUUUACAUCUCUGCUGGUAUCAAUCUAUUUGGAGCAGCAUUCUAUACUGUGUUUGGUCGAGGUGUGGUUCAACCCUGGGCUGUCCACAAUCCCCAUUCCCAUGGCAACUGAGGGGAAACGCUGCAGACCAGAAUCGCCUCAAAGCCAUGGGAUAGCUUCCUGUGUCACUCUUUACCAGGCUGGUCAAUGCACAAUGCCAGUGGGAAAACUUUUAAAUAUUUUAAUGUUUUAUUUUUGGUAAGUGGACCUAAUAACGGGUAUGAUUAUUUUAAAUCAAUUUUGUAAUAUUAGAAUUUGUAUGUAGUCCUGUUUCACAGUUUUUUAUUUUAUUUGUUUACAGGUAGGGUUUUGCACUUAAUUUUUUUUAAUUGUAUCUAAAAUUGCCUACAUUCAAUUAAGUUUUACAUGGUCUGACAUUUGAACAGGUAGCAUUUUCACUUAGUCAUCACAAGAUGCUCAGGAGAAAAAUAACUUGAAGCCAUAUAACCUAAGGUUCAAUGUAGCACAGUGUCAACUGGAAGAAGAUAUUCUCUAAGGAUAGAAUCCAUGUAUAGCUGAUCUGGUGAGUUUCUUUACUUGUGUCAAACUUGUUUUUUGGCCUUCUGCUUGUGCCUUAGUGAUGGCCAGAGAGUGUACGACUAUGACCAUCAUCAAAACAGUUGCAAUACAUAUGACAGAAAACGGAUAGAAACCUUGGCAUUCCGUGUGUAAAUCUGUUUAAAAUGUAUUUAUUAAUUGUUACUGAUCUAUUGUUUUAUGUUUAAUUAGAGAUGGCCAUUCGAGGCUUCAUUACCGUUCUUC